AUGCCCGCCUCAGAAAUCGACGACAUUUUUGCUGCAAAGGCAAUCCCAAAAUCAAAGAAUGAAGUUGUAGACGACAAAAAGAAGAAAAAGAGCAAGCGAAAGCACAACAAGGACGAUGAGCCUCUGCCGCCGUCAAAGGACAAGCCUAAAAAGUCCAAACACAAUGACACUGAGAUCCCAGAGGAUCCAAAAAGCUCGGACAAGAAACGCAAGCGGUCAGAGCCAGAAGAGAUCGUAGACCCCUCGUUGGCCGUGAAGAAGCGCAAGGUAGAAAAGUCGGCAGAUAAACCUUCAAAAAUGGAUAGAAAGGGCGAAAUGACAAAGUUUAAAGACUCGAGGGGUGGUUCUGGUCGGAAACGUACAGAAGAGGGCUUUCUCAUCUACACCGAGGAGGAACUAGGUCUGAACAAGGAAGGAGGAGAUACCCCGCUGUGUCCAUUUGACUGCGAAUGCUGCUAUUGA